UCGUAAAUAAAAAUGUAGUUGAAUGUGUGAGGCUACGGUGACAGCUGGCUUAGACUCCAUCUGUAGGAAUAUUAUAUCUAUGAAAAUAAUAGCAAAAAGUUGGAAACGUCAACGUCAUUCGUUUGUCAUUGUCACUUGCCACUGACAGUGAGACAGUGAGAGUUAACAAUUUUAUUCGUUUAAUAAAAUUGUGCAAUUUUAAUUUAGGAUUUUUUAAUUUAAUUGACUAUUUAUAACGUUAUUGAAGAUUUAGCAGUGACUAUUUCUAUUAUGCCGUGCUACUUAAAAUUUGUUCCAUAACUAUUUCUAUAUUGUGCAGUUUGUAUACAGUAAUUGUGGGUUAUUGCACAAUUAUUAAGUUCAUUUGGACUUGGUAAUUUUAUAUGGCGACAACGGCGGCAAAAUUAAAAGAGAGAGAAUUUAUCAUAGAGUGUAUUAAGCUAUACCGCAGUUUACCAUCUUUGUGGAAUGUAAAAAGCAAAGUAUACUAUGACCGCGAAAGAAAAAAAAUGGCAUAUGCUGUUUUGCUCUCUAAGUACAGAGAAAUGUUUCCCGAAGCGACAAGAGAAGAUGUAAAGAAGAAAUUUAACGUUCUGCGAACAAAUUAUCGCAAAGAAUUCAAAAAAUACCUUAGUGCUAUGGCAGCAGGAGAAUCAUAUACACCUUCAUUAUGGUACUUUCAUGAAAUGGAUUUCCUGUAUGAUGAUGAAUCAUCUGAAGAAUUUUGCGAAAAUUCUAUCUUGGAUGCUCAAAGUUUUACCAUAGAUGAUGAAUUUACAGAUUUUGAGGAAAGUUCAACUAGAAAAGUUAAAAAAUGCAAGACAGAAGAACCAGCAGAGCUAGACUAUCCAAAUGUAAUUGAAGUCAGGGACGAAUUUUAUCAUUGGGCUAUGGCAUGUGCUUCAGAUCUUCGGAAAAUGGAGCGGACUCAACAACUUUAUGCCAAGAAAGCAUUUGCUGAUAUUAUUUUAGAAGGUCAAUUAGGACUGCUACACCGGCACUCUGUUAAAAUAAAUGAAACUUCACCACAAGUAUCAGAACCGUCCUAGCCUAAAACAAAUACGCACAUUAUAAAACUCCUACCACUUACAAUAAGCACUUGUGCAUUGACUUCUGACUGAAGGGUGUGUUUAGGAGAAACUGCCAAAUCCAAAAUAAAAGCACACAAUUAAAUGGAGUUUAGUUGAAGGUAUGACAUUUAUAUGUAUGUUAGUUUAUAAGGUAAAUUACAAAUUGUAAUAUGGGCCUUAUGCCUGAUUUAAAUUUUAAAAUAAAGAACUAGUGCACUGAAUAAA